AUGUCACGCUCCGUACUACAUCCGCUGCAGUCGCAACCUUCAUCGACAGAAGUCGGGGCGAUCAACAUCAGCAGUCCACUGGACGUACAGCAUGUUCUGCGAUGGAACAUCGAGCCGCCGCCGCGAGUCGAGGAGACGUUGUGCAGCCUAUUCUUGCGUCAGGCGCAGUCGCAGCCAAAUGCACCCGCGGUCUGCUCUUGGGACGGCAAUCUAACAUAUGCGCAACUGGAUGAUUUGUCUGCAAGGCUCGCAGAUUUGAUAAGACGGCAGGGUGUGAGGCGGGAACAGGUGGUCGCGCUGUGUUUCGACAAGUCUCGAGUUGCUGUCGUAGCGAUGCUGGCGGUCUUGCGGGCAAACGCAGCCUUCGUAAACCUCGGCAUCGCCCUACCACGCCAGAGACAAGCCGCCAUCAUCAGCGCGUCAAACGCGACUCUCCUCAUAGUCGACGCCAGCAAUAGCGACCGUCUCAGCGAACAUGACACAAUCCCGAGCCUGUUGGUAGAUUACGAGGUCAUCACAGCCCUCCCAGGGCCCACGACUCCCCUCCCGGAAGUCGUGCCUUCCGAUGCCGCUGCGAUUACAUUUACAUCAGGCUCCACUGGACUACCUAAGGGCAUCGUUGUCGAGCAUGGCUCGAUAGCGACCACUUGCGAGGCCAUGGCAAACCGCUUGGACCUUGGACCCACCUCACGCGUGCUACAAUUCGCGUCGUACACGUUCGAUGCGAGCGUUGGGGACAUUUUCUAUGCGCUUGCUCGGGGAGCUUGCGUGUGCAGCCCAUCGGAGCGUGAAAGAGUCGAUGAUUUGGCUGCAGUCGCUCGCAAGCUGGAGGUUAACUGGGCUUUCCUAACACCGUCUGUCCUUUCGCUGAUGGAACCGCGCGAUGUGCCCACGUUGCGGCGGCUCCUAGUGGGGGGCGAGAAGCCAGACCCAAAACAUAUCUCACUUUGGGCAGAGAGUGUGUCCCUCCAUCUGGUCAUGGGCCCAGCCGAGUGUGCCAUUUAUUGCGCUGCCAGUGUAGAGAUUCAGCCUGGUGAAGAUACGUCGACCUUUGGCCGAGCUGCCGGCUGCAGACUAUGGGUGGCAGAUCAAUAUGAUCACACGAGGCUCGCCCCAAUUGGCUGCCCUGGUGAACUGAUCGUCGAGGGGUUUUCGGUUGCUCGUGGCUACCUGAACGACGACGAGCGAACGCGGCUGGCCUUCUUGAACGCCGAAGACGUGACGUGGUUACCACGGCAACAUGCAUCUCGCCUAUACAAAUCUGGUGACAUAGUGCGAUUCAACGAUGAAGACGGCACAUAUUCCUUCGUCGCUCGAAAGGAUACUCAGGUCAAGCUCCAUGGCCAACGCGUGGAGCUCAGUGAGAUUGAGCUUCAGCUCAAGAGCAUCAUUCCUGAUGUGGAUAGCGCUCUUGUUAUAUUGAACACAUCUGCGGAGCAGGCUCAUAGAUACCCUCUCAUCAGUUUCUUGGUGUUUACUGGUAGCUCUCCUGCCGUAGCCCGCACGGGUACAGCAACACUCUCGCUGACCACCUAUGGAACGGACUUGUUACGUAAGGCCAAAGAUCAGCUAGCAGCUAUCUUGCCUACCUACAUGAUUCCUACCUUGUUCAUUCCGCUUUUCCAUAUACCUUUCACCGCCAAUGGGAAGCGAGACACUGCAAGGUUGCGCAACAUUUCUCAAGAACUAUCGUACGAGCAGCUCCGAGCCUUUUCACUAACAGAAGAGUCCGAAGGAGAUUCAAGGCCACUAUCACGACGCGAAGAGCAAUUACGGGAGUUAUGGGCUCAAGUACUCCACGUCAGCUCACGUGAGCUUGGAGCUAGUAGCGACUUUCUCAGAGAAGGCGGCGAUUCUCUCGCAGCAAUGCACCUGGUUUCAGCGGCCAUAAAAACAGGUUUGCAUUUACAGACGACAUUGAAGAUGUUUAUCCGUUGA